UUAUUUAUUUUAAACAAAAUGUGUUCGCUAGUGGAGACCCAUUAGAGACGAGAGUGAGAGCUCCAGUGGAUGAACCAAAAUCACAGUUUUACGUAGAAUCUCCGAAAGUUUGAAGGUUCUCAUUAUUGAAUCAGUUUUUGGUUUCAGGCAGGGAUUGGAAUAGGUUGAUUACUAGAAUCCGUAUAUAUUGGGAAGAAAAUGGUUUUCUUGUGUUGGGCUCGUCCAUCUCCUCAUGAACAAAGGACAUGCAUUGACAAAUCUGGUGACUUCAACUAUGACAGCAAAUACAGAGGGUCUACUGUGAAGCCUGCAGAUAGCGUUCAGCAAGAUAGAGAGCUAUCAGACAGUGGCUUUUCAGUCAACCACACCCGAGUUUUAGUUGGUUCGGGUUGUGAGACUUUUGAAAAGGGCAAAAGUGCUCUUCAGAAUUGGAGGAUUAAUUCAACACGCAGGCAUUUUGGAUUGAACUGGGCAUUUGUUGAUCCAAGGACUCCUAUUCACACUGGAGUGAAGUUCUGUGUCUGUGUUAAGGAACUAUUCCCAUGGCUCAUGAUGCCUUUACAAGUGGUGUAUGUUAAUGAAAACAGAAGCCCUAAAAAAGCUGUUGCCUCAUUCGGUUUUGGCAGUGGAACUCUUUCAGGGCACCUACUUGCCGGGGAAGAGCGGUUCUCAAUUACACUGGAUGAGAACAAUAAAGUUUGGUAUGAAAUACUUUCAUUUUCCAAGCCUGCUCAUUUUUUAUCAGUUAUUGGAUAUCCUUAUGUACUUCUUAGCCAAAAACACUUUGCUCAUGCAUCCUCCCUGGCAAUGCGCCAACAUUUAUCUUCCUAGUUAACUACACACUGUACGGAAGUACCAUUUUGGUCUGCUCUUUUCUUUUUAAGCUUAAAAAAACUAUAAUACACGAGGUGGAGUUCUUUUAACAGGUUAUUUGAAUAUUCAAUAUUUUUAAAGACGUUUAUCGCCUUAAUUUUACCUCAUGGCAUGUAUAUUCUAUAAAGGUAAAUACACUUGUGGCA